CUCCUCACACCACCAGAAAAUUCUUCCCAAGGGGAACGGCCACAGCACAGGUCACAGGAGGGCGAGCGAGAGAGCUCCCGGCCGAAAUUCCCCAACCCCUCCGCACCGCGUCCGCGUCCCCCGUGCCCGUGCGCCUGUCCAGCCCCCCUCCUGCCCCCACCGCCACCACCACCGACCACCGUCUCCCUCCGCCGCCGCCUUCCCUUCGCCCUCCCCCUGAACGCCGCGGCCGACGAGCGCCAUGCGCAUCCGCCGCUACGCCGCGCUCCUCCUCUCCUCCGCCUCCCCCGGCUCCGCCACCACCACCGCCGCCCCAUCCUCCUCGCCGUCGCGCCCGCCCGCCGCGUCCUGGCUCCACGCCGCCGACGACGACUGCUGCGCCUUCUGCGAGCUCAGCCGCCCCGCCCCGCAGGAGGGCCAGGACGCCAUCAAGCACAAGGGGCACAUUGCCGGCGUGGUGCCGGAAUCCGAUGUCAGGGCUGAUGAGCGCGUCGGCCUGCCCCAGCGACCGCCUGCUCCCGAAGUUAAGAAAUGCAAGAUUGAUCAUGUACCUCCUGUGAAUAAAGCUCCUGUGGGACUGCGAGUUUUUAAACGUGCUUCUGAGGUUAGUGGAGCUGCGGUGAAACUGGAAGGUGCUACUCCUGUUAGUGAAGCUGCUGUUAGUCCUGCAGCAAUAUCCGGUGCUCUUGUUGUCAAUGACGCUGCUAUUGAGCAGGGAGUUAAAUUUAGAGCUUCUCUACCGGGUGGCGAGUCCAAGCUGGAGGUUUCAGCAGAGAAUUCUCUUGUGAAUGUAUCGACCACUGAAUUAGGAAUUUUCAAGGGCGCGUCCCUUGCAAGUGAAUUGGCCGAUGUGCCAGGGGUUACAAGCACUAUGCCAGAAGUAACAGGGAAACCUGUUACUGAUCCAGGGGUUAUGACCACCGUGGUGGAAGUUAGUGAUACAGGUUCUGUCGUUCAUGAAACUACUGAACUGGAAUCUGCCAGGGAGGAUUAUAUUGCUAGUGAAGCUGCUGCUGAACCGGAAGACGUUGGCAGAGCUUCUUGCAAUGUAGAUGAUACUGCUGCUUUAGAUGAGCCACAGCCGCCUAGUUGUGAUCUGAGCAUAGGCAAUGUGCAGGCUGGAAAUGCUAUAUACACUGUUGCCAGUACAGUGCAGCCUUCUCAAUGUGAUGCUGCAGAAGGCGGUGGUUCUGUGAAUUCCACAACCAAUGGUCCUGUUAGAAACAGAGGACCAACCGUUAAGGAAGAAGUGCCGAAGGAUAAAUCUGUUGCACCCAGUGUUUUACGUGUAUUGGACGCAGUGACUAGAAGCAUUGGUAAAUCAGGGAGAACAGAUGUUAUUUGUUAUGCUAGGCGGACAGGUAAGAGGAAGAUGGAGCUGCUGGAGGUAAAGAAGGAAAAUAUUGACUUGGAAGAUGGUGAUAUAUGCAAGAAAGAGGAGACACUGGUGAGAAGUGAUCGUUGUGAAAGUGUCUUGUCAACAGCUGAGUCCAUAGAUGUUAAACUUGCCGACAUAAAGAAAGACCUUAUGGAUAAUUCAGCUGCAAGCAAGGUUAAAAAGAUGAAGAGAAAUAGAUUUGAAUGUAAUGUUGAUUACUGCCACAUGGUGUUCAAGACAAAAGCUGAGCUUGCUGUCCACAAGAAGAACAUGUGCACGGUCAAUUCAUGCAACAAACAUUUCAGAUCCCACAGGUACCUGAGACGCCACCAGAGUGCACACAAUGAUGAUAUGCCUUACAAGUGCCCAUGGGAUGGUUGCAAUAUGGCUUUCAAGUGGUCAUGGGAUCGGGCUGAGCAUUUCAAGGUCCAUGCUGGGGCCAAGCCUUACAAAUGCACGACGCCUGGGUGCAGCAAAAUAUUCAAGUUUGUUUCAGAUUUCACCCGGCAUAGGAGGAGGUGCAAACCUCAGAGCAUAGUAUACUUAUAAAUCUACUUGGAUUGACAUGAUCGCACCAAAGUACAGCAUAAGGUUAGUCUAUUUUGAUUACUCAACCGCUUAUAUAUAAAAAUGGUUUCUGUUACAUUCAUCUCAUCUUUAUACUCUCAAGGGUUGCAAUCUCAUAUUUUUAAAUAAUUUGUGAUGUUGUUUGCAACUUUGUGUUGCGUGGUUGUACAGAGGAAGAUAAAUCAGAAUCUUUUGCUUCUGGGUGCCUGAUGAACUUCAGAGCUGUUCAAUCAUUAACUAAUGUGCUGUGCUCAUUGUCAUGACAAGCUUGUUAAUUGUUUCUGCUGCGCUUUCCAAGAAGAAUGAACUAUAUAUUAUGUGAUAUUGUCAAUUUGGAAGUUACAGAAGAUACUAAAAUGUGAACUCUUAUGCUUUGAAUUUUACCUGAUGUGCAUUCUGACUUGGAUCUGUCUAAUACCCACCUGAACUACCAUCAAGCUAGUGAAUGCAUUCCUUGACCGGGGGAACGGGAUAGUUAGGAGCAUGCUUUAUGAUUUUUAAUGACGAAUCUUGUUUUUGUAGAUAGAUAUUAUUUGUAAUAGUUCAGUGCAAUGUUAGAUUUGCACUAGAUUGCAAAAGCAAAACCAAAGUUGAGCCUUAGCAGUACAUAAGCACCUUCUGUAGCUGUUCUCCUUUACCAAGGAAGAAACAGUUAUUAUUCUUUACUCCAUAAUCUGUCAAACGAAAGAAAGAGCUGAGACUUCUGGACUCUGGGGUCCUAUGGUCUAUCUGGAUGCUGUAUAUUGUUAUUUCCUGCAUGUUAGUUGCAUCUGCUCUUGCCUGUUCUCCAUUUGACAUAUACAGGCUCUUUGUCAAACACUUCACAAGGCUGUUUUCCCUAAGCAGCAGUAUUUGGCUAAAAUAACCUCUUGCCUUCAAAUCCUGAUGGCCUUAGUUAAUUUCAUGAUUGAAGUGAAUCCAUAGCGUUCAGAUGUACUACUAGUGAUCAGCUUAUAACAGAUAGUCGUUGAACUCAUAGUUUUGGGCCACACAAGGAUGUUUCACGGUAUAUCCUACUUUUUAAGAUGGCACAGUUAAUUUUCAAGUAUGGAGAUGGUUGCGGAGGGUACAUGUUUUGCCUUGAUUGUGCUUUCGAUGACAAGUGCAAGUUUAUUUUUCGUUGCUAUCCUACCAGACAUAUAUCCUUGACGAUGUUUGCUGCAAAGUGACGACUGACGAGCUAUUUGGGAUCUGCAUUCGCGGACAAUGAGUUUUGGUCCAAUCUUCUUUUUCUUUUUUUUUUUUUU